UAACUCGUAAAUCAAAUAAUUCCAGAAGAGAUCUCAGAGAAAUGGCGAAGUCGAAGAACCACACUGCGCAUAACCAGUCACACAAGGCUCACAAGAAUAGAAUUAAGAAGCCCAAGAGGCACAGACACACAUCCACCAAAGGAAUGGAUCCCAAAUUCUUGAGGAACCAGAGGUAUGCUAGGAAGCACAACAACAAGACCGAUGGAUCCGGGACCGAGGAGGAAGAGUAAACAAUGGA